GACAAUUUGGGCUGCUAUUUUGUUCUUCAAUGUUUUCACUUGGAAUUAAAGGUGCACGUGUAGAACUAUAAAGUUAUAAAUACAAAAAUAUUAAUUUGUAUCGAAAAUACAUCUAAUUGUCCAUAAUGACAAUACAACUGGAUAAGCGGGGCUUAAUGUCUCUAAUGCGUACAGAGAACGAGCGUAUUAUGGAUAUGUUACUUACCUAUAAUGUGCCGGAUUCGAUUGAAGAUAUCGAGUAUGAUGAUUAUCUGUUGAAUAAUGAUAAAUCUGCUUCAAAAGCCAAAAAUGCACUUGAUGCGCGAAAAGCAACACCAAUUGAUGAAUUGCAAGAUCGUCUUAAUAUUAUCAAAAACAAGAUGAAAACCAAAAAACGUCCAGCUUCUGAGCGUUCACUAAAGAGACGUGAAGCUAAAAAGCUAAGGAAAAAUAAGGAAGUUAAGAAAAUAUUGGUCUCCGCCGCGAAAUCUAUCAAAAACGAAAACCAAAAACAUACAAAUGCAGGUGGCGAUGAGAAAGACGACAAAAAGGACAUUAAAAAGUUGUUGCCAAAACCAGUUUUCAAUGAGGAAGGUAAAAUUGUAUUUUCUAAAUUUGAUUUUGCGUCCCAUCCCGGUGCCAAGGUGAAGAAAUCACAUCAAAACCCGCGGGAGAUUUUGAAGAAAAUAAAGCAAACAGAUAAGAAAAUAAACGAACUGAAGGAACAGGGCGAAACAGAGAAAGCUUCCGAAAUAAAAAGUGAAAUAGCUUGGAAAAAAGCCUUUGAUAAGAUUGAAGGUAAAAAAGUGAAGGACGAUCCUAAACUGUUAUACAAGGCCAUCAAGAAACGAAAGAGUGAAAAGAAGAAAUCGAAGAAAGAUUGGGUAGAACGUAAACAAAAGGUUGAGUCUGGCAUAGAACAAAGACAAAAGAAACGACAAGAAAACAUCAACAAACGCAUCAACGAUAAGAAGACCAAGAAACUAAAGAAGUUGUCCAAAAAAGGACGGGUGAUACCCGGUUUCUAAUAUAGUUAAGCAGAUAUUUCUAAGAUUCUAAUAUAGUAAAUAAAAACUUAAUAAAACUA